UCGGCAUAUCUCCUAAAUUGCGGAGAUAUCAAGCAUUCCCCUCCACACCGACCAACCACGGUCUUCCGGAUUACAUUCUUUUUCCUUCUAUACCACAUCGCUCGAUUACCUGUUACAUCAUACCAACAUCAUCCGCAAUCCUCUGUCGCUUUUUAUCUCCAUCAUAUCAAGCCCUUUUAUCAAUCAUCACUGUCUCAAAGGACAACAAAGCAACAAUCAUGUCCCAAUCCCUCACGGCAAAAGAAGUCAAAGACCACGCGAGCCCCGACAAUGGUCUCUACAUAAUAAUCGACAAUGCCGUCUACUCCAUGCAAGAAUUUGCAGAUGAACAUCCAGGCGGCAGUAAGAUAUUGAAGCGUGUAGGAGGAAAAGGUAUGUCUUCUUUGAUCCUCUUCUUAACUCAUCGGUUUAUCGAGAUGUCCAAAGUGCUGAUGAGAUGGGGAAAUACAGAUGCGAGUAAACAGUUUUGGAAAUAUCAUAAUGAGCAUGUGCUCAAGAAGUAUCAGAAGAGGUUGAAGAUUGGUGAGCUCAAGGAGGAGGCGAAGCUUUGAGGUUUCUUAUCUGAUGAGGACCAAACUCAAGAUGAUGAAUGGAUAAUUUAUUGUAGUUGAUCAAUUGGAUGGGG